CGUUUAUACAUGUAUAGAUUGUUCUCUGCUUUCAACAGGACUCCUGUGUAUUGUAAAUUGUCAUGGCACUGCUACCCCAGCACCUGACCCCAAAACACCUCCUUCAGCUCCUCAAAUCGGACAAGAAUCUCAGCUCUGCACUCACCCUGUUCAACUUAGCCACUUCCCAUCCUAACUACGCACAUUCCCCCGCCGUCUUCCACCACAUCCUCCGCCGUCUCUCUGCCUCCAAGGACCCCAAAUUCCUCCCCAACAUUCCUCGCAUCGUCGACCUCAUUCGCCUCCAGCAAUGCCCUUGCACCGAAGACACGGCACUAGCCGUGCUCAAGAUCUAUUCGAGAAAUCAAAUGUUGGAGCGGGCUUUAGAGACUUUCGAUAAAAUGAAGGAGGUUUUUGGCUGUGAGCCCGGGGUGAGGUCUUAUAAUAGCUUGAUUAAUGCGUUUCUGGUUUCAAAUCAACUGAGCAAGGCGGAGUUAUUGUUUAGAAAUUUUAGGAUUAUGAAUGUAUCUCCUAAUUUGGAAACUUUUAAUAUAUUGCUCAAAAUCGCUUGUGGAAAGAGAGAAUUCGACAAGGCGAGAGAGCUAAUCGGUGUUAUGUGGGAGAGGGAUUUGGUUCCGGACGUUUAUAGUUAUGGUACUCUCGUCAAUGGGCUCUCGAAAAGUGGGGAUGUUUACGAGGCUCUGAAAGUGUUUGAUGAAAUGUUUGAAAGAGGUCUGAAGCCUGAUAUUAUGUGUUAUAACAUGCUAAUAGACGGGUUUUUGAAAAUAGGAGAUUACAACGGCUAUAAAGGGAUUUGGGAGAGAUUGAGCAAGGAUUCGUUGGUUUAUCCAAGUGUUGUUACAUACAAUGUUGUGAUCAGUGGUUUGUGUAAGUGUGGGAGGUUCGGAGAGGGCGUGGAGAUGUGGAAAAGGAUGAGACAGAAUGAACGGAAAAUGGAUUUAUACACGUACAGUGCUUUGAUUCAUGGGAUGUGUGAAAGUGGGGAUAUUGAUGGGGCCGAGAGUGUUUAUAAAGAGAUGGCUGAGAGUAAGAUAUCACCUGAUUCUAUUGUUUAUAAUGCAAUGCUGAGCGGCUAUUUGAAGGCUGGGAGAGUUGGUUACUGUUUGAGGCUGUGGGAGUUGAUGGGGAAGGAGGGUACCCGAAGUGUUGCUAGUUUUAAUAUAUUGAUGAAAGGGCUAUUUGAUCAUGGUGACAUAGGCAAAGCAUCCUCUGUAUGGGAGCUCAUGGAGGAGAGUGGUGUUGCUGCUGAUUCCACAACUCAUGGUAUUUUAGUCCAUGGGCUAUGUGACAACGGAUACAGCAGCUACGGUUUACAUGUAUUGAAGACUGCUGAGGGGAAAGGAGAUGUUCUAGAUUGUUUUGCUUAUUCAGCAAUGAUCAACAGGUUAUGCAAAGAAGGAAAAAUUGAUGAAGCAGCUUCUGUACUGAAUGGCAUGGUUAAAACUGGCCUUAUGCCGAAUGCUCAUGUUUACAAUGCUCUGAUCAAUGGUCUUGUAGGUACUUCUAAGAUUGAGGAUGCAAUUAGGUUGUACCAUGAGAUGGGAAAGGCACAUUGUUCCCCCACUGUUGUUACCUACAAUACUCUUAUAAACGGGAUGUGCAAGGCUGAAAGGUUUGGUGAAGCAUAUGACCUUGUGAAAGAAAUGCUGGAGACUGGACGGCAGCCAGGUGUUAUCACUAUUAGCAUAUUGAUAAAAGGUCUUUGUUUAGGACAUAAGGAAGACAUGGCUCUUAAUCUAUGGAACCAAGGUAUUAGCAAAGGUCUCAAACCUGAUGUACAGAUGCACAAUAUUUUGAUUCAUGGCCUCUGUAGUGCCGGCAAAACUCAACUUGCUCUGUCAUUAUACUUGGACAUGAAUCAUUUCAACUGUGCACCGAACCUUGUUACCCACAAUACUCUUAUGGAAGGUUUUUAUAAAGAGGGUGACCUAAGAAAUGCUACUGUAAUCUGGGCUCGCAUCUUAAGAAAUGGUCUACAGCCAGAUGUCAUUUCUUAUAACAUUGCACUUAAAGGUCUUUCUUCUUGCUGUAGAGUAUCGGAUGCCAUUUUGUUCUUACACAAUGCUUUGGCUAACAAAAUUGUUCCAACUAUAAUUACGUGGAACAUACUUGUUAGAGCUGUUAUUCAUUUUACAGAUCCAAAAUAAAAUGACUAACAAUGCAGAUGACAUGAUUGCUGAGCUUUAGUGAGGAACGGGGGAUGCAGGGUCAGAUAAUUUUCCCUUGCUGUAAGACUACGAGAAGAGAAUUUUGCAGUAUUAAAUCAAUUUCACAUGGAAAAGAAGAAAAUACCCUGGACCAGCUUCUUACAAUUCUUUGAGGGCUCUGGAUGAUUUAAUAAAUCCUGAAACUAAUGCUUCCUUACAGGCGAGUUUGCAUGUCAACAUCAUUUUAAUUCUUUUUAUCCCAGAUUCCAACCAUUCUACUGCUUGAAUUGUAGAAUGAAAUUAUAUAUAGGAAAAGGAAAAGAUUGCGUGAAGCAACAAAAAAAUCCACUGACAAUCUUCUAGCAAUGGGUUUCAACAGAGCAUCAGAUUACCUAAACUGCAAAAGUUUUAUCGAUAUUGUUUGUCUAUUGUUCUUCUUUCUCAUUUAUCGGCAAGUUGCUCUUAUAGUAUUUCCAUGCUUAUUUAUUUACAAAUUCUCCUGCUGUUAUCAGUGGAAAGCUCUUUGUAGGUUUGAGUCCGAAGAGGCGUUGAGUUAUCUACUCACACAACCCAUCACAAACACAGCAGGUGGCAUAGGUGCAGACCACCAAGUUGGAGGGUCAUCUGAGUCAAACCGAGCCCAUGGAAGAGUGGGACGUGGAGAUGGAGGAUGGGAGCUGCAGACGCUUACUCAGAUAAUGAAAUUGAAGUCACAAAAGAAGGUGAAGCCAUUAAUGAGUAUUUAGCACAGAUCAGCUUUGCAGAGAAUGUCUAAAAAGUGCCAUCUUCCGCAGUUUAUUGCCAUGAUUUAUUUCCUUUUGUACAGUUUUAAUUCAUUCUGUUAUUAUCCUGUCUACCUUAGGUUUUUCGACUUGAUAAAUGACAUAAUAUCUGAUGGUGGUGGUUACGUUGGUAAACUAGUGAGUCAUAUCAAUUAAAGCCUACUAUUAUCUUAA